AUGAGAUACCAACUUCACGAAAGUAGUGGCUCGCCAGGAGGCAACACUGGCAUUAGCACCGAGAAAGCAGAAGGCGUAAAAAGAUUUGCCUUCGACAACACUUGGGCCUGGAGCUCGAUCGUGCCAGAGCCCGUGGAGGCAUGUGUCCAUAGUUUAGUCAAGCGGAUUGCCUGGGAGAAACCAGCGGCCCCCGCCAUAUGCUCGUGGGAUGGUGACCUGACAUAUCUCCAGCUAGAUCAGUUGUCCAGCAGGCUGGCCUAUCAACUGAUUGAAGGUGGUGUGAUACCAGGAUCGAGGGUGGUUCUCUGCUUUGAGAAGACAUGCCUCGCGCCCGUGUCCAUGCUGGCCGUGAUGAAAGCAGGGGGUGUCUCUGUACCGCUUGAUAUAGGACAGCCCCAACAACACCUUCGUGCCAUAACAGACCAUAUUGCAGCACCGAUAUUCUUGUCAUCUCCGGCAAACGAACAGCUAGCACGGAACCUCGGAGAAGGCAACGUCAUGGUCGUGGAUCGUGAGUUGCUAUCAAGCAUAAAGAAUGCCCCUGUGUCACCUCACGAGCUACCAGCAGUGAGCCCUUCGGACACGCUCUGUGAGAUUUACAGCGUCGAUAGCAAAACCAGACUGCCUAAAGAGGACGAAAGUCUCAUCAUUACACAUCGAAAUCUGAGCAGCGCAGCCACAUAUCAGCAAACAGCUCUGGGUUUCACCAAUAAUUCCCGAAUCUGCGAUCUCGAGUCAUAUGCAUCGGAUGUCACGUGGUAUAACUUACUCGUCUUGACCUGCGGCGGCUGUCUAUGUAUACCCCCAACGCUUGAGCGCCAGGAGGAUAGGAAUGACCUCAUCUCCGCCCUGCAGUCUAAUUAUGCACUUUUGAGCUCGAAGUCUGCCGCAACUUUGGAUAAUUCUGAGCUGUUUCGCUUGGUUCAGCUCAAAUAUAUCGCAGCUUCAGUUACUCAGUUGGACGUAAAGGCUUUGGACAGGAAGGCGGCCACCUCGGAUGCAUCGGACUCAUCGGAGGGUUCCGUCAGCUCAUGUACGACCCCAGGACCUAGAACAGAAAAUGCCGAAAGUGAGGUCCUGAGAAGAAGCCCCGACGACGGAGAAGUCGUUAUCCACGACCUUCAACUUAUUGACGACGAUGACUGGGAAAUAUCCAACGAUAACAUCAUCAACGACCAUGUACAAGACGAAGAAAACGCAGCAUUCGUCCUUGAUUUACACAAGAAGCAGCCCACGGUCCAUUGCGAGGAAGUGAGGUUGAGUGAUUCGUCUACCGGAUCCCCUAUUAGUUCCAACGGAUCCGUCGUUACCUACGAAGACAUCAUCAGCCCUAUCGACCAUGAGCCUUCUGUGUCCGCAAUUCAACCCUUUUCCCUCUUGAAUUCGUCAGUCGACAAGGGAGAGGCACAGGCAUAUGCAGCUCGCCUAUGCCAUGUCAAGGAGUCUCAGGUUCUGGAUAUUAUGCCAUGUACGCCAUUGCAAGAGGGUUUGCUGGCCAUGACGGCCAAGAGGCCAGGAGAUUACGUGGCCAAAAACGUUUUCGAGAUUGCGGAUGGCAUCGACACGGGGCGGCUGCGCCGUGCCUGGGACCACGUCGUGUUGAUGAACCCGAUCCUCCGGACACGAAUCGUGAGUCUCCCUCACCACGGCAUCAUGCAGGUCGUGCUAGACGAAGCAGUGCAAUGGACAUUAGGCAAAUCCCUUCACAGAGAGCAGCCCACAGAUGCUGACAGCGGGGAUAAUGCCAUGGGAUUGGGUACGCCUCUCACGAGAUUCGCCGUCUUCGAAACUGACAUUGGUGGCCCUUGCCAUUUCGUGUGGGACAUACACCACGCUCUGUAUGACGGGUGGAGCAUACCGCUCCUGUUAUCCCAGGCCGAACAUGCCUACUUCAACGAGUUCUGCCCGCCCUUGGAGCCCAUGGCGGCCUUUAUAAAAUAUAUCCUUGAGCGAGAUGUGGGCGCCGAAAAGGUGUUCUGGCAAGACCAGUUUGUUAACACCAAAGGCUCUCAUUUCCCGUCAGUAAAGGCAGGCUACCAUCCUAAGCCACAGUCUCAGGUUAUGCGGACGAUCUCGAACCUUGACUGGAGUCGAGGUGAUUUCACACCGAGUACCGUUAUCAGAGCUGCCUGGUCAAUUGCUAUGGCAAAUGGCGCCGGUUCCAAUGAGGCACUCUUCGGAGCGGUAGUCACGGGACGCCAGGCUCCGAUCGCUAAUAUCGAGUUGAUGGCGGGCCCAACAAUCGCCACACUGCCCAUCCGGGUUGAGGUAGACUGGGAUGCAUCCUUUAGACAACUCCUCGAUGCUGUCCAGCGCCAGAGUGCGGAGAUGAUUCCAUUCGAGCAGACUGGCCUGCAGCGGAUUUCCCGGGUAAGUGAACAGGCCGCCCUUGGUUGUCAGUUCCAGACUCUGCUGGUGGUCCAGCCUGGCGGUGGAGGCAGUGACGAGUGCUGCAGGUCGUUUUUGACCGAGCCCGCCAGCCCUCAAGCCGGAGGGGAACAGUGGCAAGGCUCCGGCACACACGCUAUCGUGGCCGAGUGCCACCUAGAAUCGGAUGGCGUCCACCUUCGGAUUGGUUUCGACUCCAGUCUCAUCGGGCAGCAAAAGAUGGAGCGGAUUAUCCGCGACUUCGAGUCCGCGAUCAAGCAGCUAUCCAGCAGUAGUCUGAGACAGGAGAAGCUCGCCAUCCUAGCCCAGGACUACUCUGGCCUGGAAGAUGUCUGGGCUUGGAACGAGACCGUGCCUGAGGCGACGGAGGCGUGCAUCCACGAUCUGAUCGCCCAGCGAGUCCGGGAAAGCCCACAGGCCCAGGCCAUCUGUUCAUGGGACGGCGAUAUGACCUACCAGGAGCUGGACCAUCUGUCCACAAGCCUGGCCCAUCAGUUCGCCGCCAGGGGAAUCGCCGGGACCGUCGUGCCUCUGCUCUUCGAGAAAUCCAAGUUCAUGCCGGUCGCCGUGCUCGCCGUGAUGAAGGCCGGCGGAGGCUGCCUGCCGAUGGAUAUUAAACAACCAUACGAGCGUCUCUCAGCAAUAGCAACACAGGCCGACUCCUCCAUCAUCCUCUCGUCGGUGCAGUGCGAGGCUGUUGCCCGCAGACUCGCCGCAGAGUCGAAGGACGUCGUCGUCGUCGGCCCGGAUCAACCUAUCCCCGACGUCGCCUGCCAAGCCUCCGCCCUGCCCAACGUCAGUCCAUCCGACAUCCUCUACGUCGUCUUCACGUCCGGCAGCACUGGCACGCCAAAGGGCGUCAUCAACACCCACCGCGGCCUGUGUAGCGCGAUCACCUAUCAGCAAAAGGAAUUGGGCUUCUCCAGUGCCACCAGAGUCUUCGACUUCGCCUCCUACGCCUUUGACGCGGCCUGGUGCAAUCUACUCCAUGCCCUCACGGCCGGAGGAACCCUUUGCAUCCCGUCGCAGGAUGAGCGCGAGAAUGAUCUAGCAGGCUGUCUGGAGAAGUACAACGUCACAAGCGUCGACUUCACACCUUCGGUUGCUCGCUUUCUGGGGCCGACUGUGCUCUCGCGACUCUCCACCCUCAUCUUGGGGGGUGAGGCCGUCCUUCCUGGUGACGCUUACCUAGCGGGUGAUAAUACACAUAUCAUCAAUGUGUAUGGUCCCGCCGAGUGCACCCCAACUGCUACCUUUGCUGAGAUCACUGCCGGAAACAACAUAGAAAUUGGCCGUGGAGCAGGCGUUUGUACAUGGGUUGUCGAUCCUGAUGAUCCGGGGUCCCUGUCGCCGGUUGGAACCAUUGGCGAGCUGUGGCUCGAGGGACCUCUGGUCGGCGGGGGAUAUCUCAACGAUCCAGAGAAGACGGCCGCGGCUUUCGUAAACGAUCCACCAUGGCUGCUCCGCGGCGUUCCCGCGCGACAUGGUCGGCCUGGUCAGCCUGGUCGCUCAGGGCGGCUUUAUCGUACCGGUGACCUUGUACAAUAUAAGGAAGACGGGUCCCUCACUUUUGUCAGCCGUAAAGAUACCCAGGUAAAGAUCAGAGGGCAGCGCGUCGAGCUCGGAGAUGUCGAACAACAUGUCCUUGAUACCCUAACCCUUGAUUUCCAAGUCCAGAAUGUCACUGUGAAUAGCGCCCAGGUUACGGCCGAAACCAUCAACCCAGAUGGUUCCAAUAGCGCUGUUCUCGUCGCAUUUGUUACCCUCACAUGCGAUGGAGAGACGGGAAUCACAGAGGAUGCACAUAACACUGCAGUCAAGAAGGCAACGGAUGGGUUGGCCGAUCGGCUGGCAGAGAAAGUGCCGGUUUAUAUGAUACCAACAUCAUAUAUCCCGAUGUACAGCCUGCCGAUGACGCCCACAGGUAAAACGGACCGACGGAAACUCCGCUCCACCGGUGAAUAUCUCUGGCUAAAGUACCGCAACGCUGCUGACGAGGACGAGCCAGCAGAGUCGCUAAGUGAUAUGGAAACUAUCCUCCAACAGGUAUGGAUGUCUGUCCUCAACCUAUCGGCCCGAGAAACCUCUGUCAAUAAGCCGUUCACGCGGCUAGGUGGUGACUCCAUCACGGCCAUGCAGGUAGUUUCCCAAUGCCGACUCCAUAAUAUCGGCGUCACAGUUAGCCAGAUUCUUCAGGCUUCAACUAUUAGAAGACUGGCAGCCGCUUGCCAGGUUCAUUUACCUGGCAACGCAGAAAACGACAACCAGGAGGGCGAAGAAACGGAAGGCCCAUUUGAACUUGCACCAAUUCAGCAAAUGUUCUUUGAUUCCUACCCUGAUGGCCUCGACCAUUACAACCAGACUUUCGUACUAGAGUUAGGCAAGCCAGUUUUGCCCGCCACCUUCGAGGCUGCCGUACAAGCGCUCGUCAAACGCCAUGCAGCCCUACGGACGCGCUUCAGCAGAGACCCCGAAAGUGGUCACUGGAUGCAAACUUUAUCAGGCGAAGAUGACCCACUGUCGUUUACUUACGCUGAGCAUUCAGUUGCCAAUCACAGUGGUGUUGCCAAAGCAGGGCAAUGGCGACAGUUAAACUUGGAUAUCCAAAAAGGACCACUCUUUGCUUGUGAUCUUUUUAACGUUGUUGAUUACCCUCAAGUUGUCGUGCUCUCCGCCCAUCACCUAGUUGUCGACUUAGUGUCGUGGCGUAUAAUUUGGGGUGACCUCGAGGACUUUAUUGAGCAUGGAGUUCUGCUCUCCCAGCCAACGACAUCCUUCCAAACGUGGUGUAAGCGACAGGCGAAGAUUGGCCGCAAUUUGUCACCCUUAUCAGUGCUCCCAUACUCUAUGCCUGAGUCGGGAUGGGAUUUUUGGGGCUUGCCGCUAUCAGAGAAUACAUUCAACGACCUUGUGGUCUUUACCGAGACGUUCGAUGAAGCCAUCAGCAUCCCACUCUUUGGUGAGAGCAAUGGAAGUCUUCAAACCGAACCAGUUGAUAUUAUUCUAGGCGCAGUCGCGCACUCCUUCCUCCAAACCUUCUCAGAGCGCACUGUGCCAGUUAUUUGGAGUGAGGGGCAUGGAAGGGACCAAUCUGACGACCUGCCAUUAGAUGUGUCAGGGACGGUGGGGUGGUUUACGACGAUAAAACCUCUCCCAGUUGAUAUCACACUCGGAAGCUCCGUUGUCGACGCAAUUAAAAUGGCCAAAGACAGGAGAAGCGGCAUUCCGGGCAAGGGCCUACCGUAUUUUGCAUGCCGAUAUCACAGUGAGUCAGGUCGAGAAGCAUUCAAAGACCACCACGCUGUUGAGGUUAUGUUCAACUUCACCGGAAGAUACCAACAGCUUGAAGCUGAAGAAGGCUUAUUCAAGCGUCCUUCGUAUUUGGGCGAAGCAGACGGCCAAAUCCAGGAAGUCCCUGAAUUGGCACGCCGAUUCACCUUGAUCGAAGUCGACGCCCACGUAGAGGGGGACCGCCUCGUCGUUUCGUUCAGUGUUCACAAGAACAUGAAGCAUCAGGAUAGGCUUGGCCAGUGGGCUAAGAAUUUUAGUAGCACACUGGAAUCAGUCACCAGGGAUUUGCAACACUCUCCCCGAGAAUUUACCCUAUGUGACCUGCCAGCUCUCCCCCUUACGUACUCCGGCUUAGACGUGUUGUUGAGGGAACAACUGCCUAGCAUGGGAAUCAGGGCUGAGGAUGUCGCUGAUAUAUACCCCUGCUCCCCACUUCAAGAGGGCAUCUUACUGAGCGUUGAGAAGGAAACAGCCUCUUAUGACGCAUUCUCUAUCUGGCGUUGUGUACCACAUGAUGGUAAUGGCGUCUCUACUUCUCGGUUAGAAGCAGCUUGGAGGACGGUCGUCAGUCGUCACACGAUUCUUCAAUCAGUCUUCUGUCUGCAUCCGGAGGGCAACGGUUACAUACAGAUUGUCGUCCCUUUGUCAACUCUCCGUGUGGCACACAUUACAACUGAGGACGAUAACCCAAGCUCUGUACUUACCCGUCUAGGAAGACCUACAUACGCCGCCAAUGAGCCUGAGCAUGCUUUCACCAUCUGUUCGUCUGCAAGUGGCGAGGUUGCCUGUCGUCUUGAUUCCAACCACACACUCAUUGACGGAUGGAGCAUAAAUGUCCUGCUUCAAGACAUUAUUACGCUGUACACCGGUUCUAACCUGCCACCUGCUCCGCCAUUCGGCAGUAUCAUUCGCUAUAUCAGUAGCAUACCGAAGGCUCAGAGGAUUGCUUCCUGGACUAAACUUCUAGGGGGUGUACAAUCUAGCGAAUUCCCCACAGCUUCAGUGAAUCCACUACAGGUGGUGGAAGAAACUCAUGGCGAUAUUCAAAUUGCUGCCGCAUUGAUACCUGGUGUAUUGGAUAUCUGCAAGAAGCUAGGAAUUACUCGAUCGGUUUUCCUCCAAGUAGCCUGGGCAAUGCUUCUCUCCCAUUUCACUGGUCAAUCUGAUGUAUGUUUUGGAUAUCUCUCCUCCUGUAGAGAUUCACCUGUGGAUGGAGUCGAAUCUAUGGUUGGUCCACUAGCCAAUUUGCUCAUCAGUCGCAUCGACCUCCGACCUUCGGCUAAAGACGUGCUUGAGAAGGUGUCUGAGACCUCGAUCCGCCACUUGGAAAUCCAGCAUACAUCUUUGGCAGAUAUACAACAUCAUGUCGGCCUGUCAGGGAGACGACUGUUUAACACGGCCCUCUCGAUUCGUGGAGGCGACAAGCUUAAGGGUGAGGAGGACUCAAGCCUGUCAUUCGAGCCAUGUACUGGCGAGGAUCCAAAUGAGUAUGAUUUGAAUCUUAGCGCAAAUGUUGAUGGAGACUGCAUUGAUGUAGUGAUUUCUUACAGGCCGCCAUACGUCAGCCACAAGGUAGCUCAAGAAGCCGCCGGGGUUUUUACGAAGGCCGUAAAUUACCUCGUGGCUGUCAACACUGAAGAUAUCGAUGAGGAGUCACUUUGCGGCGAUUUCUUCAAACGCAUUGUUGGUGCAGAUGAAAAAUCCACUGAAGACUUCUGGCGAACCCACUUAUCCGACACCCAAGGUGCCCAUUUCCCUGCUAUAAAUGAUGUCACUUACCAGGGCCGACCCGACCGAGAGACGACACUGGAGAUAAAACAUCUCGAAUGGACGAACGCCGGCGGCUACACAGCGGCCACCCUAGUCAAAGCUGCUUGGUCGAUUGUCUCGGCUAAGAGCCUUCGUUCCGACGAGGCUCUAUUUGGAGAGUCGGUCGCUGAUGGUACUGCAGUCCUACCAGUCCGAGUCCCACUGAAUUGGGAUGCGACUGUUGAUCAACUACUGCAAGAGCUGCAGCACCAAGCAAAAGAGAUGAGCGUAUUCUCACGAACACCACUCCAGCGAAUCCGAUCAAUAAGUGAAAAUACCAACCUUGGUUGCUGUUUCCGUACAGUCAUCCAUGUUGUUGACCACUUAGAAAAUGUGCUCAUGGAGGACCAGUCUAGUUCCACGACGAAAGCGGGCGAAGCAGGUCAAUACAUCGAGACGCAUGCCAUGGCCACCCAAUUCCAAGUACGGCCUGACAGCAUGAACAUGCACAUUGGGUUCGACUCAGGUGUUGUGGGGGAAUUGCAAGCUACACGCAUCGGCCAUCAGUUUGAACAUGUACUUCACCAACUGCUCAAUCCAAAGGGACGCGGACAGAAGCUCAGUGAUGUUACCGUGACAAGUCCUCAGGAUAUCAACGAUAUCUGGACGUGGAACGGUGCAGUUCCAGAAGCUGUUAAGGGAUGUGUGCAUGAAUUGAUUAUCCAACAAGCCCUUGAAUCGCCCCUUGCCCCAGCCAUAAAUGCCUGGGAUGGUGAGUUGACAUAUCAACAACUGCAUGACUUGUCAUCUCGUCUUGCAUAUAAGUUGAUACAGAGAGGUGUUGGGCGAGGAACAAUCGUGCCACUCUUUUUUGAGAAGUCGAUGUGGACACCAGUCGCGGCGCUUGCCGUAAUGAAAACUGGCGCUGCAUUGGUUCUCACAGACACCACAUCGCAGCCUGAACAGAGGCUUCAGACAAUUACAGCACAGGUCAAGGCCAAAGUUUGCCUGUCAUCUGCGGCAAAUGAAACUUUAGCGCUUCGCCUUGGCGUCGAUGAAGUUCUCGUCGUAGGACCAGAUCAUCUUCCAGGCUCGGCCUCUACAGAGCAACAUCAAUUGGAGGACGAUCCUACAUUGCCAGAUGUUGACCCUACCGAUCUUUUGUAUAUCAUGUUCACUUCAGGGACCACCGGAACACCAAAAGGUGUGAUGUUAAGCCACCAAAACCUGUGCAGCGCGAUAGCGUAUCAGCGAGCCAUGCUAGGCUAUACCCAGAGCUCUCGGGUUCUUGACUUCUGCUCCUAUGCUUUUGAUGUGGCGUGGUCUAACCUACUAAACACUUUAACAGUUGGAGCGUGUCUCUGUAUUGCAUCCGCAUCAGAGCGCCAAAACGACCUUUCUGGAUGCCUAGAAAAGUACAAAGUUACCCUUGCCGACCUAACACCUUCCAUUGCACGCCACUUAACGGGACUUGAAAGGUUGUCUACGCUUGUAUUGGGAGGGGAAGUCGUCCUGCCGACUGACGCGAAGUUGGCUGGCAGCCAAACACGCGUCAAGAAUGCCUAUGGCCCAGCAGAAUGUACUACCUCUUCAACAAUACUGGAUCUUUCCGAUGACCCUAACGGUGGCCUUGGCCGAGGGGUUGGGCUAUGCACAUGGAUUGUCGAGCCAGAUAACCCUGAGCGUCUGGCACCAAUUCACUCCCCAGGCGAACUCUGGCUAGAGGGCCCUCUGGUUGGUGAUGGCUAUCUCGACGAUCCUAUCAAGUCAGCGGCAGCCUUUGUCCAAGAUCCAGCAUGGUUGGUACGUGGCGCUCCCAGCGGGCAGCCUGGACGGCAUGGUCGAGUUUACCGCACAGGAGACCUGGUUCGAUAUAGAGAGGAUGGGUCACUUAUAUAUAUGGGCCGCAAAGACACGCAGGUAAAGGUUCGUGGCCAGCGUGUUGAGCUAGGUGAGGUUGAGCAUUGGGUCACGAACGCAAUCCAGACACCAAGCGAGAGUUCUGCGAAUGUACAGGUCGUUGCUGAGACUAUCAAGCCAAAGGGAGCCGACAGUGCAAUUUUGGCUGCUUUCGUGUCUCUCGAUGCCGCUGGUGAAGCUCACGACGCCCUAGUGAAACAAGCAGUACUCGGAGUGAAUGACCAGCUAGCGGCGGAACUACCCCCCUAUCUAAUUCCUACGAUUUAUAUCCCUCUAGAGACGAUCCCCAGGAUGGCCACGGGCAAGGUCGAUCGUUCACGACUCCGCGCCAUUGGAAAUUCACUGUCCGCAGAUGAGCUGGCUCAACUGAGUCGGUCAGAAAGCGAGCGGUUGCCACCACAAACAGACGCGGAGCGGCUCAUCCAAGUCCUUUGGGCUGAGAUUCUCAAAGUAGACCCAGAAACGAUCAGUAUCGAUGACAGCUUCUUCCGCAUUGGCGGUGAUUCUAUAGGGGCUAUGCGACUUGUCGGGAUGGCGCGUCAGAGAGGUAUCACCCUCACAGUCCGAGAUAUAUUCCGAAGCCCAGUUCUUCGUGACCUCGCAGCUCUUGAGGCUUGA